GCCGGCUGCACGAGCGUUUCAGCUUGCUCGCGUGCACAGUGUACAGACACGGAGCAGGAUUCGCUGUGGGAUUUAUUACUCGGACCGAGACAACUCCUGGAUUACCAAGUGUCUUUUUGUUCUCCGCUUUGUUGUUAUUUUUUAUAUAUUAUUUAUAUUGUGUGUAUAUAUAUUUUUUUUUUUAUUUUUUUUUUAUUUUUUUUAAUUCUGAGAUUAAGAAACAACCUGCCGUGAUGGCUCGGGAUCCGGAGCAUGUGAGCAAGCUCACUGAAAGUACUUUUAAGAAUGUAAUGGAGCAGUUCAACCCAGGCCUGAGGAACCUGGUCAACCUCGGAAAGAGCUAUGAGAAAUCAGUCACAGCAAUGGCUCUUGCUGGAAAGGCUUAUUUUGAUGCAGUGUCAAAGAUUGGAGAAACUGCUAUCGUGUCUCCAGUCUCCAGAGAGCUCGGUGUGGUUCUGAUGGAGAUUGCAGAAGCCCAGAAGAAGGUCCAUAAUGACCUGGACGAUAACUUCAAGAGAUUCCACAGAGAUGUUAUUAUCGAGCUGGAGAAGAAGACAGAAAUGGAUGUCAAAUACAUGAACGCCACCUUCAAGCGCUAUCAGUCAGAGCACAAGGUGAAACAGGAAUCCCUAGACCGUUCUCAGACAGACCUGAAGAAGCUCAGGAGGAAAAGCCAGGGAAAGCACUCAUCCAAAUAUGACCUCAGAGAGAACGAGUACUUGCAGACUAUCUCAUCACGCCAGAUGGACAUGCAGAAGUUCAUUGCUGACGGCUGCAGAGAGGCUUUGCUGGAAGAAAAGCGACGCUUCUGUUUCCUGGCGGACAAACACUGCAUGUUCUCCGGUCAAAUUAGCAACUUCUAUGAGAACGCCAAAGAAAUACUGUCUGUGAAGAUCCCCACCUGGCAGGAAAAGUGCAGCGACAUCACCAAGGUGCCAGACUCUGUGGUGAGCAUGAUAGAAGGGCUGUCCGUCGUUCCACAACAAUCACCGCUGGUUGAUCACUGUAACAGGGUCAAGGACUCUGGCCCUCCUCCAGCACCACCCCUCAAAGCUCAGUUCAGCCCACUUGCCAACAUGUUUAAUCAAGAGCCCACAUUUCCAUUUAACUCCUCUUCAGACCACAGCUCAGAUCAGGGCAGUAUUGGAGAUGGCAGCCUGUCGAGAUCUACAUCCCAGUCAUCUGGUCUGAACGUGAGCAAGAAGUUCCGGGUGAGAACCAUUUUCCCUCACACAGCAGGCAACAACGACACACUCCUGAGCUUCGAUGAAGGCGACAUUAUCACUCUGCUCAUCCAGGACGAGAAGGACGGCUGGUUGUACGGAGAGCUGGAGAAGACGCAGCAGCGGGGCUGGUUUCCCUCAUCUUAUUGUCGAACUUACACUGAGUCGGUGGUAUCAAAUAGUAGUAAUCUAGGCACGCCGGUGCAUCGUCUUAGUACGAUUAGCCUGCCAGAGACUGAGGAGGAGGACGACGAAACAGUGUUGCUGCCACCACCAGACUACAGCGACGACGCCCCCUCCCGCCCAGUCAUCCUCUCAAUGCCUUCGCCAGUAAACACGGUUUCUUUAGUCAACGGGACUCCAAAGGCUCCUUUUCUUGCUGGAGGGAACCCCUUUGCCAUGGUCAAGCUGAAGCCGACUGUCACAAAUGACCGAUCUGCACCACUCAUCUAACUCUAAGCUUAUUAGGGUGGUGGGGGGGUUCUUCACCGCUGUUAUGCCUUCAGGGGACUCUUGUACUGGAAUCAUACAACCCCCUCUGCGACACACUGACUAUCUCCCCAACUCAACAUCUCACUAGCCUGCAUGCUAGUUUUUUUUCCUCAGUACCAGCGCGUGUUUUAUCAUCAGCCACCACACGAUAACCCACAUUUGGAGACGCGGGAAUUGUGAAAAACUGUGGACAAAGAAAGUGUUUGGUGUGCUCUUCUGGUUUGAGUUUGUGUAACAAGUAAACAUUCACAACGAAAUGAACAUUUAGACUUCCCUCUGAUCCAUAUCGUUUUAGUAAAAGUAGCAUUUAAAUUGGUGAACGUGUUGCAUUUCCUGUGGCUGCUUUGCAGUGAAAGCCGCCAUGUGAUCUGCAGUGCCAUUAGAAAGUAUUUGCUUUACGUUGUUUACCAGGAACUUAAUAUGACUGCUGAUACUGAGCGGAGACAGAAAACUGUAAACGGUGAGGCUGUUAUCAAAGUAAUCAAAUUGUACUGAAUUGCAGUCAUGCGUCUUUAAAGCAGUCCAGAGAAAUCCACUAGAAGAUUUUCCUCUGUCACUACCAGGAAAAAGUGCACAUACACAGCUACUCCAAGUAAACAGGUUGAACGACCAUUGCUUUUUACUCCUCAGUCGUAAAAGGCUGAUGGGGUAUUGUUGUCUACAAAAUUGUUGUUACUGAUAUGCUAUUUGGUAGAUGAAGUCUUUGUUUUCAUUUUGGAAUGAACCGGUCUCUUUAUUGCUUUGUAAGACACUCGGUCAGGCUUGUUUCAAUGAAAAAUGAUGAGAUCCAGAUGUAAACCUUUGCUACCUGAUACUGAUGAAACAGACAAGCAUACAGGUUGUCUUCCUGACUUGCCAAAAUAUCUGUAUCUUUAGUUCUUUCUUUUUUUUACUAGUUAUUUUACUAGUGUUUUUUUUUUUUUUUAAAUUUGUCGAGGUAUUUAGUUGUGAGAAUGAAGGGAGAGUGAUAUUGGGAAAGAAGGGGUUUGUCAUUGGAUUAAAGGCAAAAACACUAAGUCACAGUUUUGAAUGACAAAGGUAUUUAUAUAUAAAAUAAGUUUGUAUGAAAUAUUUAAUAAAUCUGUAAACAAAAGUCAGACACAGCAGUCACCACGCUCAGUCCGAGCCAUGGAUGCCACUUUCUUUUGUUGUUGUUUUUUUGUUUUUUUGUUUUUUUUUUUGUUAGGCCUGACUGCUGCUUUUGCAUAUUAAAUGGAUAAGAUGACCUUUUGAUGAAGGGAAUUAUUUCACUCCUCAUUGUUUGUUUCGUAGUUGUUAUAUGUAGCUUCUGUGCACAACACAGUUUAUGCAAAAUGAGAAUGUACUUUAACGGCAAUCAUUUGAAAUGUGCAUAAGUAAAAUAACUCAUUGUUUGAAAUAUUCAAAGUGUUAUUUUGUGAGGAAAAUGACUUUUUCCCCCAUGAAUUUGCUUUUCUGAGUUCAGCUGUAUGAUGAGCAAGUGAUUCAUAAGACAGUUGAUUGAAUCGUAUUAACUCACUGAUGUAAGUGAACCCAUCACACUGCCAUAAUGAAACAUGCUUUUCUUCCGAGUACCUUGCCACUGUGUUGACCGAUAGUCUUUUUUUUUUUCAAUAAAACAUAAAGCCUGAA